AUGAAUUACAUCAAAUCAACCGUCAACACCCUCCGCGACCGGUACACUCCCGUCUCCCACACCUCCACCUUCCGGACGACCGGCCAGAUCACGCCCGAAGAGUUCCUCGCAGCGGGUGACUACCUCGUCUACAAGUUCCCCACCUGGUCCUGGGCCGACGCCGACGACCCGUCGCGUCGCGUCGCCUACUUCCCACCGGGCAAGCAGUUCCUCGUCACCCGCAAUGUCCCCUGCCACCGCCGCCUCGACGACGACUUUGCCGGUGACGCCGGCCACGAGGAGGCAGAGGUCGCCGCCGGCGAUGACGGCGAGGAGGGCUGGCUGCGUACGGGCGGCCUCGACUCCAGCCAGCCGCUCAAGAGACAGCAGGUCCGCACGGUCGACGAGGCCGGCAACGCAGAGUCGGCCGGCCACGACGACGAUGAUGACGACGAUGAUAUACCCGACAUGGAAGACGAAGAUGACGACGACGCCAUCAUCCCCUCCUCCACCGAGCAAAAGUCCUCUGGCCGACGCACGUACACCCUCUACAUCAUGUAUACACCGUACUACCGCACGCCACGCCUAUACCUGUCUGGCUACCUUGCCAACGGCAGCCCCCUGCCCCCGGCGGCAAUGAUGGAUGAUAUCGUGGGUGACUACAAGGACAAGACCGUCACGCUCGAGGAUUUCCCCUUUUUCGCCAACGCGAUCAAAAUGGCCAGCGUCCACCCGUGCAAGCACGCACCGGUCAUGAAGUCUCUGCUCGACCGUGCCGAUGCCGCCCUCCGUCUCAGGCGGGAGAAGCUCAAGCAGGGCGAGACCGGUGGUCAGGCGAGCAAGCAGGGUCUUGAGGGCUUGGUGGACGAGAUCGACAAGCUGGACGUCAAGGGCGCGCAGGAGGCGGCCGACAAGGAGGAGUGGGAGGACGUGGGCGGAGAAGCCGGCGAGGAUGCCGAGGUUGCCAUUCGCGUAGACCAGUAUCUGGUCGUCUUCCUCAAGUUCAUGGCGAGUGUAACGCCAGGUAUCGAGCACGAUUUCACAAUGGGCGUUUAG